CAGCACUUGCCCCAACAGUCUGUCACGGCUAUACAGGGGAUCUUUGUAUGUGUGCGAUGUGCGCGAUGUGUUAUUGGCGUGACACGGCGAGCACGUGUGUGUGCGGGGGCUAGGGGAGGAAUUACCCCAGCCUGCGCCCAAGCACACUGCCUCCAUUCAUCAAUCUGCCUCCCUCCCUCCCUCUCUCUGUGUCUCAGCGCGGUCACUUUGCCAUUCACGACGAGUCGCCUCCACUGCCGUCACAGCAGCAGCAGCGGCGCAAGUUGCUUAUAGCCCAACGAGAGAGAGAGAAGCACCAAACAGCCACAUUGAUGGGCGUAGUGCACGCACGAGGUCUGGGGGGAUGCGCCAAUCGCCAGGAGCUGCAAGUGGCGGUCCGUCAGCUGCAGCAGUCGCUGAGCGCGCAGGAGUCGCGCUGGGCCGAGGGGAUGAAGCAGCUCCGCAAGCGGCUCUCGGGGCUGCAACAGACCGUGAGCAGGGGGGCACGGUCCAGAGCAGUGGCCUCGUGCCCGCGGCUGGAGGCCCCUCCCAAUGGACUUCGCCUCGGAUCGAAGCACUCGACGGGCCACGAAGCGCACUUUGUGUGUGACACGGGCUUCCUGCUCACGGGCGCCAGCACGCGCCUCUGCCUGGACAACGGCACCUGGAGCGGAGAGGCGCCCUACUGCCACAACAUCAACGAGUGCGCGAGUAGCCCCUGCCAGAACGGGGCCACGUGCGUGGAUGACGUCAACCGCUACGCGUGCCUCUGCCAGCCGGGCUGGGCGGGCGCCGCCUGCCAGCACGCGACCCUGCCACUGGGGGGCCCUCCGUCCCCGCUGGAGGCGCCCCCCCCAGGAAACACGUUCAACCGCACGCCGCGGUGUGCGGCGAUCGAAGGCUCCCAGCACUGCAGCUGCGAGCCGGGCUUCCACCUGAGCGGGCGCGCCAACAGCCUGUGCCGAGACGUGGACGAGUGCGAGCUGAUCAAGUCGAAGCCAGACGCGCGCCUCUGCAUGCACGAGUGCAUCAACACGGCCGGCUCGUACCGCUGCGCAUGCCCCGCGGGUUACCGACUGCAGGCGGACGAGAGAAGCUGCGAGGACGUGGACGAGUGUACUGCUGAGCGGCACAACUGCUCGGGCUCUGCACGUUGCGUGAACCUGCGGGGGGGAUUCCGCUGCGUGAACCCCGAGUGUCCGAAGUCGAACGGAGACGUGAGCUACGUGAAGACAUCCCCACUUCACUGCGAGCGCAACCCGUGCCCGAUGGACAGCCGCAGCUGCCACCAGGCACCCAAGACCAUCUCGCACCACUUCCUGGCCCUGCCCAGCAACCUCAGCACCCCGGCCACGCUCUUCCGCAUGGGCUCCGCAGCGCCCCUCGGCAGCCGCGCCGCCAGCGACAGCCUUCGCUUCGGCAUCGUCGGCGGCGCCGGCGGGCACCGAGGCCACUUCAUGGUGCAGCGCUCGGACCGGCAGACGGGGGUCCUCAUCCUCAUGAGUCCCCUGCGCGGACCCCGAUCCCUCGAGCUGGAGCUGGAGAUGGCGGAGUUCGCCGAUAAAUCCCUGCUCGCCAAGCACGUGUCCCACGUCACCGUGCUCGUGUCGGCUUACGACUUUUAGCUCCCGCCGCACCUCCGCCCCCCCCCCCCCACCUACCCCCCACCGCUUUGCUGCGAUAUUUGUUGCUGCCGUUGUUGAUGUUUUUUGCUGUUGUUGUUGUUGUUGUUGUUUUAUAGCAGCGCGGCUCCGGUUUUGUACGAUGCCCCUCUGUCCGAGUUCUGACUUCCCUCCCUCCCUCCCCCACCCACCAACCGUACAACCGAGACUCGCCGAGGGGGCCGCGAAGGGCGUGGGAGGCCCCGCGCGGCUCGAGAGGCGUCGCGGUGUGGGGGGGAGUGGGGGGGGCGGGUGUCCCCGCUGCAGAAUUCGAGCCGCCCCGUCGACGUGGCACACGCCAAUGAGCGUGUUGAGACAGCACGUGGAGAUGACGCAGCGAGAGCGUUGCCCGCGCGGCGUACCGUCCGAUGUCGUGCACGAUGAACGGGUUCAACUUUAGCCCCCGAGUCGGAUGUCUUUUUGAGACCCGCGUAUCACGGUUUGGUUCCAGCUGGGCACGGCAACAGGGCCAAUGGAAGACCGCCGGCACCGCUGGCGCGGCUCGGUUGAGCCAGUGGGAAAGGGCUGAGAUCGUUGUGCUGUGUUUCCGUGGGACAGCCAAUCUGGGGUCGACUCAAGUCGGCCUGAGUUGGCCUCAUUUACGUCCCAGAUUUCCAGCGGAGUGACAACUCGCAUUGACUGAAAAUGUAGCAAUUCCACAAUUUCUCCGAGUUGCUAGAGUUAUCACGUGAGUUGGGCUGGUCUCUCUCUCCAAAUACAAUUUUUUAAAACACACCCGCGAGUCAGUGGCCAAGACCACAUUGCUGACAACAUUCAAUGUCAAGUUUAAAUAUAAAAUUUAAUAAUUUAUCCGACUCCAAAGUCUUUUUUUUUAAACAUAGAUGGUGACGCAUUGACUCCCGGCAGCCCGAACUCUUACGGAGGGAAUUUAAGCCAGCCCGUGGAGUGAGUUGGGCCCCUAUAAAAUGCGGACCGCAGCCCAAAUUUGCAGACAAUUCGAGUUGACAAGAUACAUUACGUACAGAAACAAACGGCUGCGAUGGAAACUCGAGUUCAAACCCGAUGCACGUGGCACGUGAAAACUACAUGUAUGUAUUUGGGCAGGGUCGGUGGGGUAAUGCCGACCGGAGGAACACCCUCCAGCCAAGUUCACGAACCGAGCCAGCACGCUUUGGAGUUGAAGUGGGAAGACAUGUUUAGCAGUGUCGGGUGACGCGUGUAAGUGGAUUAAUUGAACACCACGCGUUAAACGACCACCACGCGCACGCGUAACCCGAGACUGGAAUGUAGUGGACGCACGAGCCGUGAACACUGUCAGUGAGAGGAGCUGGGGAAGAGCGGAAUGGGAAUUAUCCGACUCCGGUCCACUACAGUCCGCCUUUCUAUCUUCACCAAUGUUCUCGAACAUUAAUUCAGUCUUACACGCUACCCACGCCCGAUGGUUAUUCAACACGCCCCCACGUGACGUACAGAGUGCCGGUUCAGUUGAAGAUUGAGAUCGUGUGUGUGUGUGUUUUGUCGACGUGACGCAGAAGCGAAUCGAAGGCAUAUUAUAUGAGCUUGUUGACCAAUCAUCAGGCGCGUGUAGCGAGUGACGACUUCAUUUGUAAUUCAAAAUAAACAAGCAAGACAACAAGCUGCGAGUGUCUGAUUAUUGGUCAACAAGUUUGUAUAUCUCUCUUCGAACCACCUCUCUGCAGGGCAGAGAGGAGGUAGAAGCUUCAAGCAGCCACGACAAACUCUGUAUACUCGCUUAUUGCAAGACGGCAUCGGUAGUGAAACUUCACGGCUCUGCAUCCAUUGCCUUCCACUCGACUCUUCACGCCCGCCACGAUCGACGUUGCACGCGUGUAUGCACGUGGAACUUCUUUCGCACCGUACGUAGCCAAACCGUGCUCAUCGAAGGUGCGGGGGCAGGACAACAAACUAAGCACAAAAAGCAGUUUUAUAUGUGUGUAUGUAUAUAUAUGUUGAACUGCUUUCGCGCAAGAAGUUCAACAUACGUACUUUGGCGCAAUAAUCGCUGUCAAAUCAUCAUCAUCAUCCUUUCUCCUGAAUCCCUUCAUUAGCUGGGAUCGGCAAAAACAGAGGCCAAUACAUUAUGCGAGGUUUUAGGAUUUCCUGAGACGCUCACAGCACCUGCGCCGUGAGACACAGCGACGAUUCAACCUGAGCUGGGCCACCGGAUUAUUAUUAUUAAAGUCAUCAAUCGCUCCGUGUAACGACAAUGACUUUAGAUUGUAACGCGCCGCACGGCAUCCUCUCACUCUGGGAGAGAGGACGACUCGAAAGGCGCGAGGAGGAGGAGGAGGAGCAGCCACCAAUCUCCCCAAGUCCUGCCAUCCUCUCUAUAUUAUUCAAGUGUUGUCGGUCGAUGAAUGCGUGUUUACAUGAUAGAGUACCCAAUUAGUCUACGGUUAGAUUACGCGACUGAUGGGAAUACACGAUAGCAGUUGUAAAGAGAGAGAGAGAGAGAAACAACAACGUGUCACCUCUGUUCCCACGUGUGCCGCUGGACGGGAGGUGAUGGGUGGGGUUUUGUGAUGGCAUCGGCACCAUCGGCUGCGUCACGCUGGCUGUGGCUUGUAGGGGGGUUUACCGCCUUCGCGAGGCAGAAUGUUGGAGGGGGUGGGAGGGGGGGACUGCUGUUCUAAAUUAGUCCGAGUAAUCGACCGCAGGAAAGUUUUGUCGAUUAAUCGACGAAUAGUCCCAGUUCCAUAUUAAGCCCUCAAACCCAACCUCCACCCCCAACGAUUCGAAUAAUAUUCACGAUCCGGGUCGCGAUUCAAGUCCCCAGUGUUUGCUGUUGUUGUUGUCUCGUUUUGCGAUCUCGUUUGUAUCGUUUCGCGGUCACGUCUCACUUGUACAGUUUCGUUCGUCCCAUGAAGCACCGAACGUCACGUCAGCUGUAAUAAUUACAAUCAAUUGGCACGGAAACAGCAAAUAAUCCAUCCUUUCUCGCACACUUUGACGCGUAAAAUAAUCGCCUAUUUUCUUCAUUUGAUUCAUCGAUACGUCGUCACACGUCUGCUUGCAAAUUCGUCGGCACCCGAAGCCGGUCCGCAACGACGCUCGCAGGGCCGAGGGACUACGACGGACGGAUGGAGGAAUCGAGAACCUACAAUGUGUACGGUCGAGGCUUGUUGAGGCUGGGAGGAAGACGGGAGGCCGUAACCACCCACUGCGGCCGUCGUGACCUCGCUGCGUUCCAACUCGAAUUGUAAAGCCACAACGACAUCGACGUCCGUUCCUUAAAGGUUAAAGACGUUCCUUGUGGCUGUUCGGGAGUUGGACUUUGUAUCGAGACAGUUAUGGGUAAGGAAAGACGGAUGCUUCUCCAACCGAAGUCAUUUAAUCUCCGGGUAGUUUUUGUGUGUAUCAUUAAACGUCUCAGGAGAUUCAAUGUGCUAUAUGGUUGUAGAAGCGUCUGCCUUCUUGGUGAGAUCUUCCCCUCCCCAUAACAGUCCAGAUGUUGAAGAUAAGAGGGUGCAGUCCCAUUGCUAGCGGAAGGACCCCGAGUAAAAGCGUUGCAGGUGCCACGUGGAUCGUCACAUCGCAGACCUGUGCAAGUCGUCGACGACUUGGCGAGGCCUCCAUCCAGCAGUGGAUUCAUCGUGGAUGACGAUUGAUGAUGAUUCGGAACGGGAGAGGGAUGUUUGGUCGCUUGGUGUUUUUUUUUUGGCGGUGGGAUGACACCUUGGAGUCCGACUCAAGACGCUGGCACGUGACUGCUGCCGCGCCCGUCGCGUUUCCCGUGACGCUCGCCUGCAACCGAACCGUCCUGAACGCGCCCCGAACUCGUCGGCUCUCGGAAGCUAAAGCAGCGUUGAGUCCGCUUCAUAUUUUAGGCGAUCGGCCAGUUGUGUUGGGAGGCUGCGAGCGAUGUGUGGCGAGGAGGUGGCAGGGCUGAGUGUCACCCACUUGGUAUGCGUGGUGGGGUUUUUUUUCUCCGGGGUUGCUGGCUUCCUCCUGCCCCAAUCGCCCUCCGCCACGUAAAGCCUAAGACGCCUUAGUAGAAUGGGCCAAAAGUCCCAGUUUGGCACCCACCCUCAAUGAAACUGAAGGCUCGGAGAGGCAUCGACGGUUAAAUCUUUGGCACUGCGAUUCGUGAGUUGUCGCUUUGUCACGGGCUAUGCCCAAGGCCACACGGCGUUUUUCACCUUCUGCUGUCCCACCGCCGUGCAAAGAAAAUAAAAAAAAAUAUUUUAAAAAAA